AAGACAAGCAUUUAUCUCUUUAUCUUUAACUAGUUUGUACAAUUGUCAAAGACAAGGUUACGGUUAUAAUGAAAAAGAAUUUGAACGAGAAGUCGUGCGUAACUUAAUAAGGUCAAGUUUUAAGCUAUGCAAAAAUUUGCAGAAGGAAAUACAAUGGCUCAAAGCGCUCCUCUAAUUUUGCGUUUACUGGCAUCCUCUGUAACUGCGGCCAACAGGGCUGGAAAAAUAAUAAGAGAUAUAAUGGCUAGGGGAGACUUAGGAAUUGUUGACAAGGGAAUCAAUGAUCUUCAAACUGAAGCAGACAGAUCUGCACAACGUUGUAUUGUGGCAUCUUUGUCUCAGCAAUAUCCAGAUUUGACUAUAAUUGGAGAAGAAGGGACAAAUAAUUGUGAAGUGCCAAGUGACUGGAUUGUAACAGAUUAUGACAAAGUAGUAAUCUCAAAACAGUGCCCCCAGGAGUAUUCUGCCGUAACAAAAGACGAUAUUGUGGUCUGGGUGGACCCACUUGAUGGCACGUCAGAGUACACUCAGGGCCUUUUGGAACAUGUCACAGUAUUAGUAGGUUUAUCUGUGAAAGGCAAACCCAUUGCUGGUGUCAUACACCAACCCUACUACAAUUACAAAAGCGGCAAUUUGAUAGGCCGCACAAUAUGGGGAUUAGUCGGAAUGGGUGUCGGAGGUUUCGACCCCCAAGGGGCACCCCCUGGCAAACUUAUUCUUACCACCACAAGAUCGCACUCUGACAGCACAGUCCAGAAAGCCCUGGAGGCUCUAAAUCCAGACGAAAUAAUCAAAGUUGGAGGUGCAGGUCACAAAGUGCUAUUACUGAUUGAGGGCAAAGCCCAUGCUUAUGUUUUUGCAAGCAAAGGCUGCAAAAAAUGGGACACAUGUGCCCCUGAAGCAGUGCUGGUCGCAACUGGGGGCAAAUUGACAGAUAUGCAUGGCAAUUCUUACAAUUACAGCAAAGACGUUCAGCAUCCAAAUACAGGAGGAGUGUUUGCUACCGUGAGUGGCAUUGACCAUGAAAAUUUGUUAUCAAAAAUACCACAAGAAGUUAAAGACAAACUCAAGUGAUGUCUUUGGCGGUUUUUAAUUCUUAUCUUCUAAUCAUUUGAUGUAUUUAUGUUACAAAAUGGGCAAUAAAAAGAAUCAGCAAACAGGUUGUUUUCCCGACAAUAAAACAUUCAUGUCUGUAGUUACAUAAUUUCGUUUUGUGUACGAUGACACUGUAAUUUUGUGUGAUCUUUGAUGGAGAAAAACAGUGAUAAUCUUUAGGUUUUUUCUGUGUUAUCUAAUGUUCAUAUUUUAAUGCAUUUUCUGUAUGUACAUAGAUUAGCUGCUUCUUUAUGUUAAUUCUAUCUAUUUUUAAACAAAGAAAACAUUGUUCUACCGAAAUUAAAAUUUUCUUGAUUGAU